AAAAUUUAUCCCUUUUUUCUGCAAAAUUGUUAUUAUUUGAAACAAAAAUGCCAACAACUAGAACAGAGGCUUUUAUCCUCUUUAUUAUUUGCUAUAGUACUAUUUUGCUUUAUUAAAUUCAGAGAGAGAAGAGAUUCUCUUUGCCUCUUCAUUUUUCUCAAAUAAACUGAAAAUAAAAGAUUGUGCAUGCAUGUUACUGAAUUAUCUUCGUCUGGAUUUGGAUUUUGAGGUGAUAGAUCUGCUAAGAAUUCCGUAGAUGCAUAUCUGUGGAUAUGUUCCACCUUGGCUCUGUCAGAUUCUCGCUUGCAUGGGAGGUUGUCUGGGAUGUCUCCCAGCUCCACCUAUAAUUAAAGGCCAAGGAACGAACAGAGACAUAUCAGAAGAUUUUUGGAGCAGCAGUGCUUUGGAAAUAGAUCUGAGGGCAUUUCAGUCCCAGAAAAGCAUCUCAUCAAUUAUCAUACCUUCUGAUCCUCAAAGUAGCUCUGGCAUUCAGAUUGAUUCUCCUGAAUUUGUAAAUGAUGGUCUUCUUCUCUGGAACCAAAUGAGGCGACACUGGGUUAGAAAUAGAAGGCCCCAGAAUAAGAAAGAAGUUAGAGAACCUGUAAUAAGUUGGAAUGCCUCUUAUGAGAGUCUAAUGGGAAGCGACAAGGCUUUUCCUCGGGCAAUUCCUCUUGGAGAAAUGGUUGACUUUCUUGUUGAUAUUUGGGAGAUGGAAGGAUUAUAUGACUAAGCAGACAAAACAGGGUUUUUUUCCCCUUAGAUUUUGCAGAAGGAGCGAGGUAGAAUCUGUUCAUCCUACUGUAUUCCCACUGGAUAAUUCUACAAAAGCUAAAUGGGUUAACUCUUAACUAAUUGGGUUUAUUUUUUCUUCUGGGGUCGUCAUUUCUGCGUAAUCAAGGAGGUGAUUCAUAGAAAUUUGUUAAACCUGUUUUUACUAUUUGUAAAUAUAGUUAAAUUUAUGCUACUCCUCCAAUUUGUUUUAUGUAGUUCAAGGUUCUCAUAUAA